CAUUGUGCAGGGAAGGAGAGGGAAUCGUAAAGGAAAAAGAAAGAAUACGCCCUUUUUAUAUCCUUACUUUGCGGAGAGCGCAAGCUAUGUAAAACUUCCUUGGCUUCAAACGCUGUCUGACGGUCGUUUUCCUAUGUAGGAUACCAAUAAGGAUUAAUGAUAUUUAACGCGUAUCAACGCAUCAAGACGAAUCAGCUUUAAUUUGAAAAUUACAAUGGACGAUUUAGGAUUGCCUGACCCACCUUACUCCCCUCUCAGUCCUCGUAUUGUUGUGUUUGAUGCUCUCCUAGCCGAUUUGGAGAACUCCACUUCUCCCCUAGCCAGACGCCCUGUCCUUCUCACCUCUGACCCCCCUGCUGCAUCAGCGAGUUCCCCAGAGUCUGAGCCCUCCAGUGCCCAGGACUCUGUCCAGACUCGACCCCCACCCCCAGCCUACACCCCUCAACAAACGGUGUCUGCUGCAAUGAAGUCCAACAGCUCUCAGAACCCUGACACUGAUAAACUGUACAGUACAGUGUGCAAGCCCCGCUCUCCUCGCUCCCCUGACCCUCCCCCGGCCUUCUCCUCCUCUUCUGUUUUAGGGGGCGGGCUUAGUGAGCUGGACCACUUACUGCAAGAGCUCAAUGCCACUCAAUUUAACAUCACAGAUGAGAUUCUUGCCCAGUUCCCCACCAGUAAACAGGAUGAGGGGGAGAAAUUUAAGGAAUUCCAGGGCUCUAGAGGACGUGAGGAGACAGGCAAAGACAAGGCAGCAUCUUCCUCCACCACCUCUGGCUCAGUGAAGCCUUCAGCCACCUCUGCCACUCUGGAGUUAGACAAACUCAUGGCAUCCCUCUCAGACUUCAGAGUCCAGAGCUCACCGGCUCCUCCUGUCAGUCAACCAGUGGUCACUUCCCCGCGGCAACAAGCCCCACCUCCACAAGCCUCUUCUGGUGGCUCCUUGGAUAGCAUGCUGGGACUCCUCCAAUCUGAUCUGACCAGACAAGGAGUUCCCACCUCCUCCAAGGGAAACUGCUCCGCCUGUCAGAAACCAGUCGUUGGGCAGGUGGUCACUGCUCUGGGUCGAGUGUGGCACCCAGAGCACUUUGUGUGCACGGAGUGCGAGGCUGAGCUUGGAAACCAGAACUUCUUUGAGAAAGACAGCAGACCCUACUGCGAGUCUGACUACUUCUCCCUGUACUCCCCACACUGUGCUCACUGCAACAAGCCCAUUCUCAACAAAAUGGUCACUGCCCUGGACAAGAAUUGGCACCCAGAGUGCUUUUCCUGUGUAAAGUGUGGGCGGGCCUUUGGGGAGGAAGGCUUCCAUGACCGGGAGGGACAGCAGUACUGUCAGCAGUGCUUCCUCUCUCUGUUCGCCUCCCGCUGUCAGGGCUGUUCCCAGCCAAUCCUGGAGAACUACAUCUCUGCCCUCAACUCCCUCUGGCACCCACAGUGUUUUGUCUGCAGAGAGUGCUACACACCUUUUGUGAACGGCAGUUUCUUUGAACACGAAGGCCAGCCACUAUGUGAGGCGCACUACCACCAGUCCAGGGGGAGCGUGUGCCACGCCUGCCAGCAGCCCAUCCUAGGCCGCUGCGUCACCGCCAUGGGUGCCAAGUUCCACCCCCAUCACCUCGUCUGCCACUUCUGCCUGAAGCCCCUGAGCAAAGGCUGCUUCAAGGAGCAGGAAAACAAGCCCUACUGCCACACCUGCUUCAUCAAGCUCUUUGGCUAAGGCGGUAGUUCUCAAAAUCAGGGGUGCGGUGAGGGUUGAAGGGAAAAGGCAGUGUGUGUGUGUGUGUGUGUGUGUGUGUGUGUGUGUGAGAGAGAGAUUGGUGGGUCUUUAAAAAGUGUCCUAUUACCAAAGGAGGGCCUGACUGAAAAAGUUUGGGAACCACUGGGCUGAGGAAUGAGGGAAAUCUCUCUCCUUCCACAAACUUCAUCAAAUCAGACAGCUUGCUUACUGUAUGCUAUAUCUCUUCUUCAGUACUCAAAGUGUUGGGACACACAGAAACAGGCAGUAUGGAUGGAAGAGUUUAGACAAUAAUGUAUAAAGGGUAUAAUGGACUCCUUUACAAAUAUACGUGCCAAAAAAGUAUACCAAAAGAAAGGGACUUUGAAUACAAAAAAGUGAGAUGGGGUGCAUCUGAAGUUAACAUGUAAACAGGACAAUCAAGUUUGGAAGACAAGUAGUACUUUACUGAACAGUUCUUCAAAUCAACUACAUUUUAUCUCCUCAAAUUCGUUCUCUGUCCUGUUGAGUUGUAAUGCACUGAGGAGUAGCAUACCUUUAAUUUAUCUUUCUCUCUAGCAAAUGUAUGAAUUAUACAGAACAUGGAAGGAGCUAGAAUGGUGCGAUUCUAAUCAAUAUUUUAAAUAUUUAUAUUGAAGUCAGUACGCAUGAAUAUGAUUAUUUUGAUGAAGGACCCUUUUUUAUUAUUUCUAUUUCUUAUUCCUGUUGAGGAUUUAGUAGCUUUUGUCUGUAUAUGUGUUCACAAACAUACAUAUACAUAUGUAUAUACACUCAGCACUUUAUUAGGUAUUCAUUAAACUUAUUUCUUCUGCCUCUGCAGCCCAUCCUCCUAGAGGUUUGACAUGUUGUGUGUUCAGAGAUGUUCUUCUGCAUACCACUGUUGUAAUGUGUGGUUACUGUCACCUUCCUGUCAGCUUUGACCAGUCUGACCUCUCUCAUUAACAAAGCGUUUCUGUCGGCAGAACUGCUGCUCACUGGAUUUUUUUUGGUUUUUGCACCUUUGAGUCUGUUGUGCGUGAAAAUACCAGGAGAUUAGAAGUUUCUGAGAUAGUCAAACCACCCUGUCUGGCACCAACAGUCAAAGACCUAGAUCACAUUUUGUCUAAAAAACAGCUGAACCUCUUGACCAUGUCUGCAUGCUUGAAUGCAUGUAGUUGCUACAUGAUUAGCUGAUUAAAUAUUUGCAUUAACAAACUGGUGUACAAGUCUACCUAAUAAAGUGCUCAGUGAGUGUAUAUGCUUUGCUUUGCAAUUAUAGCUAUGUCACUGUUAUUGCUGCAUUCAUAUUUUCAAUAUACAUUUCGCUGUUUGUGUUUUUUUAAACAAAUAAGCCUUGUGAGACUUGGGUUUAUUUAAGAAUGAUGUUCUAUGCUCCAUUGUAAAGAGCCAUAUGCUGGUAAAAAAGGCUUAAAACUAUGAUGUUAAAGACACAUUUGAAGCCAUAUAAUACUUUUUUACACUGCCAAAGAUUUUGAAGCGAGGAUCUUGUCUAUUUUAUGCUUACACUGUGUAUCAGUCGCAUCAAAGAAUAUAAUCAUCAUUUUGGUUGUGAUUGUCGAUCCUCUUUGACCAAAGAUGAAUAAACUAUAUUACCUAUCACCUUA